AGUGUCAGCAGCAGCCACAGAAACAGCAGCCAUGAAGUGGAGUGGAUCCAUUUUUUUCGUUUUUCUCCUAAGUUUUGCUGAAUCCAAAGACGUGCAUAAGAAUGAGUUUGGAAUCGCAUCCACAUUGGAUUCUUCCCAGUGCUUGACAAGGAAGAACAUACAUAACGUUGCUAUCAUCACCUUUGCCCAGUUUGUUCAGGAAGCCAAUUUUGAGGAAGUAAACAAAAUGACGAGCGACGUAUUGACUGCAAUUAAGAAAGCCACUAGCGAUGAGCAGCUGGAAGAGUGUUUAGAAAACCAGCUAUCUGUGUUUCUGGAUGAAAUUUGCCACGAGAAGGAGCUCACGGACAAGUAUGGACUCACAAACUGCUGCAGCCAAAGUGGGGACAAAAGACACCAGUGUCUGCUGGCACGCAAGAAGACCGCUCCGGCCACUGUCCCACCCUUUCAUUUCCCAGAACCUGCGGAGACUUGCAAAGCUUAUGAAGAAAACAGGACUAUGUUCAUGAGUAGGUUCAUCUAUGAAGUGUCAAGAAGGAACGCCUUCAUGUACGCACCUGCCGUUCUUUUCUUGGCUACCCAAUACGACAAAGUAGUUCCCGCCUGCUGCAAAGCUGAAAACAUGGACGAAUGCUUUCAGGCCAAGAGAGCAUCACUCACAAAGGAACUGAGAGAAGGAAGCUUGCUCAAUGAGCACAUGUGUGCAGUAAUAAGAAACUUUAAAUCCCGAAACCUCCAGGCCCUAACCAUGAUUAAACUAAGUCAAAGGUUUAAGGCGAAUCUUACUGAGAUACAGAAGCUGGCCCUAGACGUAGCCCACAUCCACGAGGAGUGCUGCCAAGGAAAUACACUGGAGUGCCUGCAGGAUGGGGAAAAAGUCAUGACAUAUAUAUGUUCUCGACAAGAUAGUCUGUCAAGCAAAAUCACAGAAUGCUGCAAACUACCCACAAUCGAACGCGGUUAUUGCAUAAUUCGUGCAGAAAAUGAAGAUAAACCUGACGGUUUAUCUCCAAAUCUAAGUGGGUUUUUGGGAGAUAGAAAUUUUGCUCACUUUUCUCCAGAGGAAAAAGUCAUGUUCAUGGCGAGCUUUCUUUAUGAAUAUUCAAGAAGGAACCCUAACCUUUCUGCCCCAGUCAUUCUAAGAGUUGCCAAAACAUACCAGGAGGCAUUGGAGAAGUGUUCCCAGUCUGAAAAUCCACUUGCAUGCCAGGAAGACCAGGAAAAAGAAUUGCAGAAACAUAUCCAGGAGAGCGAAGCGCUGGCCAAACAAAGCUGCGCUGACUUCCAGAAGAAAGGACCAUAUUACUUACAAAACCAGUUUCUCAUUGCUUACACAAGGAAAAUCCCUCAGUUGACCUCAGCGGAGCUGAUAGACCUCACCGGGAAGAUGGUGGGCAUCGCAUCCACGUGCUGCCAGCUUAGCGAGGAUAAAUGGUCCACCUGUGGCGAGGGAGCGGCUGACCUUUUCAUUGGACACCUGUGUAUAAGGCACGAAGCAAACCCUCUGAAUUCUGCUAUUGGCCACUGCUGCAACUCUUCAUACUCCAACAGGAGGCCCUGCAUCACCAGCUUGGUGAUGGAUGAAACCUACGUCCCUCCACCAUUCUCCCACGACAAGUUUAUCUUCCAUAAGGGUCUGUGCCAAGCUCAGGGCAAAGCCCUGCAGACCAUGAAACAAGAGCUUCUCAUUAACCUUGUAAAGCAAAAGCCUGGAAUGACCGAGGAACAGCAUGCCGCUGUCACCGCCGAUUUCUCUGGCCUUUUGGAGAAGUGCUGCCAAGGCCAGGAGCAGGAAGCCUGUUUUGCAGAAGAGGGUCCAAAGUUGAUUUCAAGAACUCGUUCUGCUUUGGGAGUUUAAGCUCCUCCAGGUAACAAAAAUUUCAGC